AUGGAACGUAACCACACGCCCCAGCAUGGCAACUUCCACAAGUACUACCUCACCCGUCCUACCACAUCGCACGAUCCGCGCCUUGCUCUUCUCCCCCCAAACUUCUUCAAGGACAAACGCGUCCUCGACGUUGGAUGCAACGAAGGCCUCGUCACUCUAGAGAUCGCACAGGAGUGGGGAGCGGCGGAGGUCCUCGGCGUCGACGUGGAUGAGGAGCUCGUGACUGCAGCAAGGGAAAGGAGAAGACUGCGAUGGAGCCUACAGCAUCCGGAAGACCACGAUGCUGCCCUUAUUCCAGGUUCUUUCCACCAGAUGAAUGGGAAUGUCGACUCUCAAUCCAGAGGCAACGGCGGCCCGUCCGCCCUCGGUCAAGGGAGAAGAAACGACCACUUUCCUGCAAGCAUGCCGCAUAUGUUUGGGCCUCUACCUCUCCCACCGGCUCCGUCCAUUUCUGACGAUGAGGGAAAGUCGACGAGUCAAAAUGCAAAAUGGCCCUACAACGUCUCUUUCCGCUGCUUGGACUACUCGUCUGCCCCUGUGCUGGAGGAUGAGAAGGGGUGGGACGUCAUAUUGCUCCUGUCUGUGGCGAAAUGGCUCCACCUGAACGGGGGCGACCAAGGCCUUCUAUCCUGCUUCAAACGAAUCCACGACUCACUACGGCCGCACGGGGCGCUCGUCCUGGAGCUGCAGGACUGGGAGGGCUACCGGCGUGCAGCACGCGGUAAUCCGAUAUUAAGAGAAACGUACAAGACGCUCUCGCUUCGUCCUUCCGAUUUCAAGUUGUGCUUGCUUCAAGAGGUUGGCUUUCAGCGAGUGGAGCAUCUGGGCAUCUCUGAUGGGACGAGUAAGCUUUUGUUUUCCCCCGGAUAUCUGGAUGGGUCUAACGCCGAUAUAGGCGAGCUGGGCGCUAGGAGACGGGCCGUAGACGUUUAUUACAAAGUCGGCCAAUGA